AUGACCGGGGUAAAAAACUUAGAUUUUCCACUUGCUGACGAUGACGAUACUGAUUUUCUCGUGAAUGUCUUCUCCGAUCUUGGCCCUUGGUACGACCAUCUCAUUUUUGCCUGUGUCCCAUUGGGGAUCAUGACAGCUAUCGCGGGUGCAAUUCGUGUUGAAGGUCGCCCGGUCCUUAAAGCCUUCACAGGCCGCGCCCGCGAGAAUAAAGCUGCUGCCGAAAUAGAGUAUAUGUCUUCUACGUCUGCCGAAAUGGGAGAGUUGUUCAAUGGAAAGGGUAUUGUGAGAACCAUGGGGCAGUCAAAGAUUGCUCAGUUUAUUGUUUUCCCACACACUUUCAAUGCGGAUAAGAAGAAUGACAGGGAAACCCUUGGCAUACACACCUUGAAGUCUGCGACAGAAGAAGGCAAAGAAGUUAUUAGAAAAGAAGAUUACCGCGACGAACUUGAUGCACGUUUCAUUAAUUGCUUCAAACCAGACAAAGUUCGAUCCACAAUUCGGAAAAAUGAAGUCGAAGAUGGUACACCCAGUGAAGACAUUCCAUUGAACUAUUGGGAAUCCCUACAAUAUCCCAACCUCCAGUUAAACAUCGCAGCUAAGAGAAUCACGGCGGAACGAAGAAGUGUUGAACUUCAUUUAGCUGCUAUCAUAGCAAUCAUCCUGCAGGGCGUCUCUUCUUCUGGUGUGAUACUCUAUCGGAUGGAUGGUUUUGACCAACAACCUUGGGGUCACUCUUACUAUAUUGGUGGCUCUGUUCUGCUCUUUGUCGGCAUGCUUACUUGCUCUGUCGCUAUUGAAAGGAGUACGAAGGAGUACAAAUGGUUUUCAAAUGACCCACCAGCUACAAAAGCAAAGCACAUGAGUUUAUUCUGGGUGCAGGGGAAACCGCGAGUCAGCGACCAGGAAUUUGGCUACUAUAACAAGAGCACAAAUGACCCGAAUGAGCCCGGAUACCAAGAGAAGUCAAAUAUUAAAACGCAAAGAACUUUUCUACAGGAAAAAAACGUGUCGAUGAAAAAGGUUGAUGCAAAGCUCUCAUGGAAUCGCGAUAUUCGGGCAGUCACUGCACUCCUCGCCGGUAGUGCUGGAUUUACGAUUCAGUUCAUAGGUUUAAGAGGUCUCCCUUGA